AUGAACACGAUCAAGCGCGUUAUCCACACCGAGCCCUGCUCGCGCCACCAUCGAGCCUCCUGUUACGCUCAAGACGUCUCUAACGGUCCUCCCGGGCAACUCGCAUCCCUCUGCUAUUCCUGCAGGUAUUCUAGCCAGCCUGGCAACAUCUUUGCCGCCAUGGUCUCCAUAGCCGUCCAACCGCCGACAGAGACCCAGACCUGCCGGCCCAUAUAUCCACCUGUCGUCGCCCAAACGCAUGUCCGCGCCGGCGGCCGCCACAACAACACGCACCUCUUCGCGACAGCAGCACUGCUCGACGACCAAGGGCGAGUACUCGACGGCCAGUUAGGCGGCGCCCUGGUUGCGACAGGUUAUGCCGUCGAAGACCGUGGCUCCGGUAGCAGGCAACAGUCUGUUGCCUUUGCUUUUCCGGACCUAGCGCUCACAUAUGCCGGCGUGUACUCCAUCCGUGUAGAUGUAUAUCGCGUCAACUACGAUGAUGGAGACACGGACAACGCGACCAUGAUCGAACAAGCCGAGACGGAGCUGUUCUAUGGGUUUUCAGAGGCCGUUGCGGUGCAGAGGCCAACAUCAGAAGAGAGGUCGUUGCUGCGCAAAUUGAGGCAAAGUGGAUGCGAUAUCCCAAGUACGCCGACGUGA